AUGGCCUACCUCCUCUACUCCCUAACCCUACUCGUCCUUGUGUUCGGCACGCUCCUCUACCUUACCCGCAAUUUGUGGCUCCACCUCCUCCCGGACCGUUUCUACGACCGAUUUUUCCUCUACUCUCGCCUGCCAUCAUCCUUCACCGGCGACAUCGAAGCCGGGCUCUCGAGCAGCACCUUUGAUCUAAGCGGCAAUGUGGACGCCAACGACGGGCGCUCAGGCUUGGACGACGCUGCCAAGCGCGAGAUCCUUAGUAUUAUGAAGAAGCGCCGCAUGCAGUUUGAUGACGCGCGCAAGGCGUACAUGGAGCAGCGGUUUAGCGCAAAUGGCAUCGGACCUGAUGGAAGGCCGAGGGAUCCGAAGUUUGUUAGUUUUUCAUGA